AUGCCUCCACGGAUACGCAUCAGGCCACGCGCCCUCCGCGCGUGCACCUCGAACCCAACCCACCCCAUCUCUGUACCCGCAAUCGCAACCUACGCCACAGUAGCAGCGACCACCCCCGCACCCCCAAUCCAGCAGACAUACAAAGCCGCGCCGCCAGUACUACGAUACCCACCCACGCAACCACCCUCUCACAAGCCGCCGGAGGUCCGCAAAACCCAACUCCACCGCCAAUACCAAUCGCUGCUCCGAUCCUCCCCUCUGAUCCUGAUAUUCCAGCACAACAAUGUCAAAGCAGUAGAAUGGAUGAGCAUAAGGCGGGAGCUAGCCAUUGCCCUCCGCAAGCUGGAUGCGGAGAGAGUGAAGAACGGGCAAGAGACGCUUGCAGAGGAGGUUAAGAUGCAGGUCAUCCAGACCAACAUCUUCGCAAGCGCACUGCGCGUCGUCGAGUUCUUCAACCCGGAAACUUCGACAAUGGAUCAUGCGCAACAUCCUACGGACCCGCGGACACCGACGAGCGCGCAGAUACCGAACACGAGUAAUGACGCUGAGGACGAGCGCUUCACACACGGCCUGUCGAGACGGGCAUACGAGAUUGCGAAUAACAGGAAGUUGAAGUUGGAAUUGGAGCCUUUGCUCUCGGGGCCUCUUGCCGUCGUAGCGUUCCCCGAUGUUGCGCCGCAAUACCUCAAGACCGUUCUAUCCAUUCUCUCGCCUUCGAAGCCUGGCUUCCCCGCUCCGAGCCGAAAAGCGAACCCAGACUACUACGAACCAGCCGUCCAAGCUGGCCUCCAGAAGCUGAUGCUUUUGGGUGCGAGGGUAGAGGGCAAGGUCUUUGAUGUGGACGGCACGAAAUGGGUUGGUGGCAUUGCUGGAGGUAUCGACGGACUUCGCGCCCAGCUUGUACAAAUGCUGCAGGGUGUUGGUGGAAGUCUUACUGGUGCUUUGGAGGGCGCGAGCAAGAGUUUGUACUUUACUGUUGAGGGCAGGAGAAUGGAUAUGGAGGAGAAGGAAAAGGGUCCUGCUGAGGAAGAGAAAUCGUCAUAG